GCAGAAGCGCGCGGUACUAUCUUGGGGUCCUAGCUAGUUGUUCACAUUUUCAAGAUGGCCGCCUCCAUCACUGGAUUAUUAAAACCUUGGACUCCGAGGGUGCUGCUGGUAAGAUGGAGCAGGUACAAUCCGUACUAUCUAGAGCCAGAGGUGAGGAAAGAAGCCUACAGCCGCCCGGAGACAGAGCUGAGCGCAGAGGAGAAGGAACAACGGGAUCUGAAAGCCCUCAGGCCGAUCAAAGCUGCAACAGGCGGCCUUACCAGCUCAGUGUAUGGUGAUCCUGUCAUCAGUAAAUUCGUCAACAUGAUAAUGAAAAAUGGAGACAAGAUUUUGGCCAGAGACAUUUUGAUGAACACUUUAGAGAACAUAAAGAGGAAACAAGUGGAGAAGUAUCACAAAGCUUCAACGGGGAAGAAGGAAGAGAUUGAGUGCAACCCUUACACCAUCUUUCACCAGGCACUGGAAAACUGUAAGCCUGUGGUGGGCCUAGCCAGCAUACAAAAAGGUGGAAAGUUUUACCAGGUACCCAUACCACUCACGGACAACCGGCGGCGCUUCCUUGCCAUGAAGUGGAUGAUAAAUGAAUGCAGAGACAACAAGCACAGGCGAACGCACAUGUAUGAGAAACUUUCACAGGAACUGUUGGCUGCAUACAGUAAAGAAGGAAAUGUUAUAAAGAAGAAAUAUGAACUACACAAGAUGGCAGAGUCAAACCGAGCAUAUGCCCACUAUCGCUGGUGGUGAAGUGUUCAAUAACAGACGAUCCUAUCAACUUGUAAAUACAGUAUUUAAAAUAAAUUCAUUGUAAUACUUUUUAA